CCCGCUCUUACACUCCCCCUCUUUGAGUCCCAUCUGCGGCAUCUGCCCCCCCACCACCAGCCACCAUUCGGCCCUCUCUAGCCACAGCGGUCCUCGCAUCCCGGCCCCGCGCCCAUGCGGCCGGCGAGAGCGGCAGCGGCAGCGGUGGGAGGACCAUGGCCCCUCAGGGGCGGGAGCACCUGACAGCCCCGGCCCGGGACCACCCGGCCUCAGCCCAGCGCCGGCGCAGCCCCCACACGCGCCACACGCUCAGCCCCGACAACCUGCGGAGCCUGUCAGAGCGUGGGAGCAGCGAUGGGGCCAUCGGGGAAGCAAGGAUGGCGGGCAUCGUGGGGCUGCUGCGUGCCAACAGCGACACGGACCUGGUGAGCUCGCAGGGCCGCUCCUCGCUCACCGCCAACACGGUGGACUUCGCCCUGGGCCGGGGACAGAAUCUGAUCAUCUCCUGGGACAUCAAGGAGGAGGUGGACGCCACCGACUGGAUAGGCCUUUACCAUAUUGAUGAGACCUGUCCCUCAAAUGUGUGGGACUGCAAGAACCGCGGCGUGAAUGGAACGCAGAAAGGACAAAUCGUAUGGAAACUGGAGGCAGGACCCUACUUCAUGGAACCGGAGACCAGGGUGUGCUUUAAAUACUACCAUGGAGUAAGUGGAGCCCUGAGGGCAACCACGCCCUGCAUCACAGUGAAGAACCCUGGAGUGCAGGCUGAAGGACAAGGUGAGGGACAGCAAGAUACUAAUCGGAGACUGCUCAGCUUCACUCUGUCAGACCUUUGUGCAAUGGGUCUGAAGAAGGGCAUGUUCUUUAACCCUGACCCUUACCUGAAGAUAUCCAUCCAGCCGGGCAAGAGGAGCUGCUUCCCCAGCCUCUCUCACCACGGCCAGGAGAGACGCACCUCCAUAAAGUCCAACACCACCAACCCUGUGUGGCGUGGAGAGAAACACACUUUUGUAGCAUUAAUGACAGACGUCCUGGUGAUGGAAGUCAAGGACAAGUUUGCGAAGAGCCGACCGAUCAUCAAGCGCUUCCUGGGUCAGCUGCACAUCCCCGUGCAGAUCUUGCUGGAGAGACAGACUGGCACCCAGCCCUUGAGUCUUUCUCUGUGCCGCCGCUUACCCACGGAUCAUGUGAGCGGCCAGCUGCAGCUCAGAGUGGAGGUCACAUCUGCUGGGCAUGAGGUUUCUCCAGAGUCCAUCCUCGUGGCUGCAGCCAUGAAUGGAGCCCCAGGUACUCCUUCAGACGAUGAAGACCUCCCCCAUCCUCUCCCCAUGAACUCGGUGUUCCACUCCCCCACUAGCUCCCUGGGCUCGCAUAGGAACAGCGACGGGGACAUCAUCACCCCUCCCGAGAGGGACUACAUGGCCAACGCCCUGGAAGACGACUCGCCGUCCUCGCACGACCUGCUCCAGGGCUCUUUCAGCGAGCAUAUGGACGCCAUCGAGGCCCCCAAGGGCCCUGGGGAGAGGCCCCUGGGCGCCGCCUCCCCCAAGCUCUGCUCCAGCUUCCCUACGCACACGCGGCUCAGUGCCAUGCUGCACAUCGACUCGGAUGAGGAUGAGGAACGCUCCGUGGCCAAUGACACUCCACCGCCCAGGCUCAACGGGAGCCCCAGGCUGCCGCCUUUACCACCAGCACCGCCUGAGGAGACGGAAGAGGAGGAGGAGGAGGAGAUGGACUCCUGCAGGGAGGCGGAUGAGACGGAGAGGGAGGUGCUGCCACUGGAGAUGGUGGAGGGUCUGGUGAUGGAGGGGGCCCCUGCACUGGGAGAGGAGAUGCCCAGCUCCCUGGCCCCUGAGGUGGGAACAGCCACCCUGCGGGACAGGCAGGAGGAGCCAGAGGAGGACGGACAGGGACCCAGCGAGGACCAGAGCACUGAGGUGGACGUGUCGUCCAUGGCUACAGACAGCUGUCCGGCGGGCGCAUCUGGGAACGAGGAUAUGCAAGAGAGUGAGGAGGGGGCUGAGACAGCAAUCGACCCUGGGGGAGGGGAGUCUGAACAGGUCUCGCCCACAUCCGGUGGCGCCAGCGAUCCGGCAGGAGAGCCACCACCCACUGAGAUCGCGAGACCGCCGCCACCCACUGAGAUUGCGAGACCGCCGCCACCCAGUGAGAUCACGAGACCGCCGCCGCCACCCACUGAGAUGCCGCCGCUGCCGCCGCCGCCGGAGCCUCGAGCCAAUGAGGAGGAGGAGGAAGAGGAGGAGCCAGACACCAUGUCGAGGAGGUGGAGCUUAGAGGCCACGGCGGGCGUGUCUCAGGGGGAAGAGGAAGAGGAGGAUCUCAUUCCCUCGGCGGAGGGCGGGUCCGUGGAUUCGGAGACGUUCGUAACCGACACCGAAACUGAAGGGUCAGAGGCUCCUGGAGCGCAGGUGAAUGGGCACAGCGUCCGCUCCCUCCCCUCUGUGAGACAGGACAUCCAUCGCUACCAGAGGGUGGAUGAGGCCCUGCCUCCUAACUGGGAAGCCCGUAUUGACAGUCAUGGCCGUAUUUUCUUUGUGGACCACGUGAACCGCACCACCACCUGGCAGCGCCCCACAGGGCCGCCGGCGCCAGCGGGGCUGACCCGGUCCAGCUCCAUCCAGCAAAUGGAGCAGCUCAACCGCAGGUACCAGAGUAUCCGUAGGACUAUGACUAAUGAGAGGUCAGAAGAGCCACCUGUUGAACCACCUGAAGAUGCAGACCUGCUGCCCCAAAACAUCUCUGAGUACCGGAGGGAAGGUCACUCCAGCUCCCGCUCGCGCCUGGCUUUGCUGCUCCAGUCCCCUGGUGCCAAGUUCCUAUCCAGUCCUGACUUCUUCACUGUGCUGCAUUCCAACUCUAGUGCCUACCGUAUGUUUACGAGCAACACCUGCCUGAAGCACAUGAUCAGCAAGGUGCGGCGAGACGCGCACCACUUCGAGCGCUACCAGCACAACCGUGACCUGGUCACCUUCCUCAACCUGUUCCUCAACAAGCAGCUGGAGUUGCCCCGGGGCUGGGAGAUGAAACAUGACCAAACCGGCAAGCCCUUCUUUGUGGAUCAUAACUGCCGCACCACCACCUUCAUCGACCCACGGCUACCCCUGCAGAGCUCACGCUCCAGCGGGCUCCUGGCCCACCGGCAGCACCUAAGCCGCCAGCGCAGCCACAGCGCAGGGGAGGUGAGCCUGCCCUCAGACUCAUCAUCCAGCUCCGGGGUGGCUGAUGACUCCCGCUCCCCUAGCCCGCCCACUCCCCGGCCCUCCAGCACCUUCAGUGGAUCCAGCCGCAACCAGUACCAUGACCUCGUCCCCGUAGCCUACAAUGAGAAGAUUGUGGCUUUUCUUCGGCAACCCAACAUCUUUGAAAUUCUGCAGGAGAGACAGCCGGAGCUUGUGCGAAAUCACUCUCUCAAAGAGAAGGUGCAGUUUAUCCGCAGUGAGGGUUCGUCUGGGUUAGCUCGCCUAUCCAGUGAUGCUGACCUGGUUAUGCUGUUGAGUCUGUUUGAAGAGGAAGUGAUGUCGUACGUGCCGCCACAUGCCUUAUUGCAGGCAGGCUAUUGUCAUGCCUCUCCCCAAAGUUCCCCUGGUACUCCACGAGCGAAUGCGCGUGCUCCAGCUCCCUACAAACGUGACUUUGAAGCCAAACUGAGAAACUUCUACCGCAAACUGGAGACUAAAGGCUACGGCCAGGGCCCUGGGAAAGUGAAACUCAUCAUUCGUAGAGAUCACCUACUGGAGGACGCCUUUAACCAGAUCAUGUGUUACUCCCGUAAGGACCUGCAGAGGAGCAAAUUAUACGUUAGCUUUGUAGGAGAAGAAGGAUUGGACUACAGUGGCCCUUCAAGGGAGUUCUUCUUUUUGGUUUCACGGGAGCUCUUCAACCCUUACUAUGGCCUCUUUGAAUACUCAGCUAAUGACACUUACACUGUGCAAAUCAGCCCGAUGUCAGCCUUUGUGGACAACCACCAUGACUGGUUCCGCUUUAGUGGCCGUAUCCUGGGCUUGGCUCUCAUCCAUCAGUACCUUUUGGACGCUUUCUUCACCCGGCCCUUCUACAAAGGGCUGCUGCGCAUCCCCUGUGAACUCAGCGACCUGGAAUUCCUAGAUGAGGAGUUCCACCAGAGCUUGCAGUGGAUGAAGGACAACGACAUAGAGGACACCUUGGACCUCACUUUCACCGUCAACGAGGAGGUGUUUGGACAGAUUACAGAGCGUGAGCUGAAGCCUGGUGGGUCGGGCAUCCCUGUGUCUGAGAAGAACAAGAAGGAGUACAUCGAGCGCAUGGUGAAGUGGCGCAUCGAGAGAGGCGUGGCACAGCAGACUGAGAGCCUCGUGCGAGGCUUUUACGAGGUGGUGGACGUGCGACUGGUGUCUGUGUUUGAUGCGCGGGAGCUGGAGUUGGUUAUAGCUGGUACUGCAGAGAUCGACCUUGCAGACUGGAGGAGCAACACGGAAUACAGAGGAGGUUACCAUGACAACCACAUUGUGAUCCGCUGGUUCUGGGCUGCAGUGGAGAGGUUCAAUAAUGAGCAGAGACUGCGGCUGCUGCAGUUUGUUACAGGCACAUCUAGUGUCCCUUACGAAGGGUUUGCCUCCCUGAGGGGGAGUAAUGGCCCACGCCGUUUCUGUGUGGAGAAGUGGGGCAAGGUCACUUCCCUCCCGAGGGCUCACACCUGCUUUAACCGCCUGGAUCUACCACCAUACCCCUGCUUCUCCAUGCUUUAUGAGAAGAUGCUCACAGCCGUGGAGGAGACCAGCACCUUUGGCCUGGAGUAGCACCACAAUCCACCACCUCCCUCCACCUUUUCUCCACUUAUCUUGGUCACUGCUCGAUACCUCCAAGCCCUUAGCUCUUAACUCUACCCCUAGUGCCCUAGUCCUCUCCUUGCCUUCAGUCUAUGGCCUUGGUUACUUCACUGUUGCAAAAGGAAAAAAAUAACUCUCUUUAUCAGAUACAUGCCCUGAAAAAAACACACUGGAAUGAUCUCAUCUGUGGACUUCUCUAAUGUCACAUCCGGACUCUUUCUUGUGAAGCAAUUAAUGCUUGAUGCACACACACACACACACACACACACACACACACACAAUCACACUCACACACACACACCAUCCUUACAAGAAUGUAGAAAACAUGAUGAAUGUAUGAACUUCUAAUGCUUAAUUGUGGUAUGAAGUUAGUGGUAUGGUAGUCGAGAAUUUAGCUCUUUGGAUAUGGGCUCGAUUUGAAACACUUGAGACCAGUCACUUGACAGACAGAGACCUCGGAUGAGAGUUGGAAUUGUACCAAAAAGACAGAUAUCAUACAGCAUCAUGUGACUAAGAAAGAAACAACUGGGGUUUUCAAGGAAAUCAGGGAGGGGUGCAUCUAUAAUGGAUGAUAGUUUUAACUGAUUCUAAGUUAUAUUUUACACUCCGGAACCUUCUUAAUAUGAACAAGCGAACUUUCAAAGCUGUCUUUGAAUCUGCUACUGCGGGAAAAAGUUGAAAGCUUUUACAAUAAAUAGCUUUUAUCCCCAGUUAUUGAGGAUAUUUAACAUGUGACUCAGCCCAGUAGGCAGUACUGGGGGGGCUCAAGAGACUAGCCUGCUUCAGCGACAAUGCAGCAAGAAGCUAUUAAACAUUCAAUGACAUGGAGCCUUGGACUGAGGAGCGACAUAAACCAGCCACCACCUCCUCAGUCACAUUGGCCUCUGGUGCAGGUGCAGUGAAGCAUGUUAGUGAGCUGUCAGUGCAUAUAACUUGCCAUUUCCACAGCAUAUAGGAAUGGAAUGAUCAAGUACAAGAGUACAUCGUUGUUGCAUGUUCUCCCUUGUAAAUCUGUUGGCCUCAAGCGCAUUCACUGCAUGCAGGCCGACAUGCACUUGGAUGUAUUGUGUUUGGUUCGUCACCCCAGUAGUUGUGGCCCUAAUUUAAAAAAAAUAGUGCCAAAGCAGCUCUCCAGUAUGACUGAGUCCAUUGAGGUGCAGCAGACUGUUACUGUUUGUUUGUAUGUCCCACUGCUCAUCACACACACACACACACACACACACACACACACACACACAAUAUCACACAUUCAUAAGAGACACUAACACAAGUUUGGCUUCAAUAACCAAUUCAGCUAGAUCUUAACUCUUCUUGCAUACAGAUCAAAUCUGUAACAAACUAAAGAAAACUGAAAAAAAGCCCCACUUCUCUGUAUAUCCAAACCUGGCUCAAUAAUACUGCAUGCAGGGUCUGCAUAGUAACUCUGUGCCAAGUUUGACCCUUAGAUGGUGUCGUGUUAUAGCUUGAUAUUGCAUGCUGGAAUAGUGCAACAACACCAGUCCAGAUUAGCAUUUUGCAUGAGGAUUCGCUGUAAGGGCGGAUGUAAUGGAGAUGAAAAUGUGUCAGUUUCACUUUCACAACGUGUCCACAUGUUAUGUUUUUUUUUCCAUCUACUGGUUGAUUUGUGAAGGUCGGAGUUCAUAGGUCACAGGUCAUGGCUCAUCUCAAUAGCGUGUCAGGGCAAGCACUUGAAAAGCAAGGGAGAAUGUGAGAGACUUUCUGUAUUUCCCAUGUGUGUCCAUAUCUGUAUAUAGUUGUAUGAUACAUAUGUCUGUCCCGUCCUGUGUCAAAAUUAUAUUUUGCACUGAAUGUAGCAAA